AACUAGUGUUAGUUUACUGAAUGUGGAAAUGAAAAUAUAGAAAAGGGUAAAACUCAGAGAAGAAGAUAGUUGAUGUCUAAAAAUAUGUGAGCGUCGUACGAGGUAAAGUCAGAACAGAUAUCAAAGAUUCAACGCCACGAGAAUCCAGUCAUAUAGCACGGAUAAAGAUUCAAUAAGAGACUCAGAAGACCGAAUAGAAAGGAUUGUUGAUAUCUACGUCAGUGCAGAGGCUGUAAGAGACAUGAAACAUAAGAAAGAGACAGAAGACUUCAACACAGAAGAACCCCGAACACCUCGACACACAGGAAGUGAUGGUGUGAUGAUCAGAAGGUCCAGAGCAGCUGCAGUAGUGUUUGUGCUGCUGUGUGUUCUUCUGCUGACUGCACGCAUUAUACUGUGUGCCACCUUCACUCAAGAGAGACAACAGCUGCUGACUAAGAUCAUCAACCUCACUCAAGAGAGAAUUGAUCUUCAGAAGAAGUUUGCAGAUGGAUUGAAGUGUCAUCAAUCCAGUCUUUACUUCUUUUCCUCUGAGACGAAGAGCUGGACUGAGAGCAGAAGAUACUGUAGAGAGAGAAAAGCAGAUCUGAUCAUCAUCAACAACAGAGAGGAACAAGAUUUUGUGAAGAAUAAUUGUGGUUCUUAUCAUUUCUGGAUUGGUUUGACUGAUGUUGAAGAGGAGAACAGAUGGAAAUGGGUUGAUGGCAGCACACUGACCUCUGGGUGAGAAAUGACUGAACUGAACUGAUUAUUAUCUAAUAAAUGAUUGUCUCAGUCAGUAUCAUAUCACACAGAAAGCAGCUCUGAUCUAACUCUGAUCUGUUGAUGCAGGUUCUGGGCGUCUGGAGAACAUAACCAGCCAGACGACUAUCAGGGGAAAGAAGACUGUGCUAACACUCGUUCAUCAGGAUGGUUUGAUGCUCAAUGUGAUAGUAGUGUUAAAUGGAUCUGUGAGAAGAGUAUCCUUAAAUGAUACAUUAUAAUAAAAAUGUACAUAUAUGCAU